AUGCCCGCUGAACGGCUGAACCCGGUCCACUCGCCACCUUUGUGGUGCAAAGGUCGUCUGCUGGAUCUGCUGCUAGCCGCUGUAGGUACCUGCACCUGCUGCAUCCGGGCAGUCGCGCGCAGGAAGCACCAACCACCACCCAUUGGAGCCCUUGGGGAGUUACGUCUCAUUGCGCCCGACAGAACCGCCCGCCGUCUCCUCUGCACUGCAUUGUUUAUUGUUUUGAUUGUCGCCGCCCGCAUCCCGCCGCCCAUCAUGUUCACCCAGCCUGUGCAGCCGCCCGCUGCCGCGCCCCAGCCGUCCAACACAGUGUCACCCUCACGCACCUCCCGCCUCCGAAGCCUGACCUACCUGCGCAACUACACCCACAACCACAUCCUCUCGCGCGACCCCUCCUCGACCGCCAGUGCCUCCCCCGCCGCUGCCAACAGCAACAGCAACACAAGCACCACGACCGCCACCGCCGCUGCCACCGCCUCGAGGCAGUCUGCCGGCCUCAUUCGAUCAGCCUCGUACACCCCCGGCGCCUUGACGAACCCACAGCCCGCCUCAGCCACCACGAAUCGCCUGUCCCUCAUCAGUUCGACCCCCGAUAGCAGACCAGAACGUCAAAACCCUCCCGCUGGUCCCAUGCCCGAGUCGGCGACACAAUCCCAGUUUCUUCAACACGAAUUCGACCCUGCUGCGACGGCCUCGGACAGUGACGAUCCUACUACUGCUGCUGCUGCCAUGCGAACACCUGUUGCCGACGGCCCCUCCUCAGCCGCCGGCCCCAGCUCGGCACCCGACGCCGCGCCUUCGAUCCGCCUCUCCUCGUACUUUGACCAGCGCGCAUCACGGCCCUCGCUCACCUUCUCCCCCAUCACCCGCACCCUGCCCACCGGCACCGAGGUCAUCCGCGUCGGCCGCUAUUCCGAACGCGACGCUCAACCUCUUGCCAGCGUCACUGGCAACCAGCCCUCGGCCGCCAAUGUUGGCUUCAAGAGCAAGGUUGUCAGCCGCCGCCACUGCGAGUUUUGGCAUGAAAACGGCAAGUGGUACAUCAAGGAUGUCAAGAGUUCAUCUGGCACCUUUCUGAACCACAUCCGCCUCAGUCCUCCAUCACAGGAGAGCAAGGCCUUUGCCGUCAACGACGGCGACAUUGUUCAGCUCGGUAUCGAUUUCAAAGGCGGCGAGGAAAUGAUUUUCCGCUGUGUCAAGAUGAGGCUCGAGCUCAACCGUGGCUGGCAGAACAAGCCCAAUUCCUUCAAUGUUGCUGCUCACAAGCGCCUGCGUACCAUGGCCUCGGCCAACGCACCUCCUGGUACAGCCGCCAGUAAUUCAUCCCAAGACUGUUCCAUCUGCCUAAACUCCAUCGCUCCUUGCCAAUCACUCUUUGUAGCUCCAUGCUCACAUACGUGGCACUUCAAAUGCGUCAAGUCGCUCCUCACGUCGCCUCAGUACCCCGUCUUCAUCUGCCCCAACUGCCGUGCCGGUGCCGACCUCGAGGCCGAUGUCGAGGAACCCGAGGACGAGUGGGAACUGUUCGACGAGCAGGAAAAGGACGACAAGCUCGACGCCAUCGCCGAGACUUCGCCCUCACCCACCCCAGCCACCCCGGCCGAGCAUGAGGUUUCCGACUCUGACCGCAUGGACAUAACAAUAAGCGAGCCCACCGAUGCGCCCGAGCCGUCCAAUCCCGCCACGCACGCAAUAUCCUCACCAUUGCCCAUUCGAAGCGCGUACGGUGCUCGCCGCGGCACGCCAUCGCCACCCCGUGCCGGCGCCGAAGGCCCCAUCACCCCGCGAAAUGACAUUGGGCCCUGGGUUCUCGACGGUCGCGCUGGGCGUGACGCGCCGCAUGGCGUGCAAAUGACAAGCCUCGACGCCGCAGCCACAGAAAUGGACCUUACUAUCCACGCACCCAACGAUUCUGCACAUUAG